AUGGCAGCAAGGAUGUGCAAGCAUAAGGCAGGGAGACAUCAAUGGGCGCAUUUAUGGAAGCAGGAAGAGCAGGGUUCUAAUUCGCUGAUGGAGACUGCCAGGGCAGGAGGCCAUCCCACAGGUGGAAAGCUCCUGUUGAGGGAUAGGAAUGCAACCAGUGCAGACAGAACACGGAGCAAUACCUUGGUGUUGGAUAUGGAUAAUCUCAUUUCUGGGACAUACCGCCAAAACCCCGCUAUGGAUGCCAAUUGUCCUGCCAACAUCCAAAUAUGGGAUGAGCUCAAGCACCUGCACACUUCCCUGUUACAGCUGCAAUUUGUGACAGAGAUGUCUACUAUGUCCACAUCUAUCACUGCCAUAUCUCCUAACACUUUGGUAUUUUUGCCGUAUCUUACUUUGCUGCUCCACACCAACUACCUGGCCUUUGUCUCCUCACUGUCUAGUUCAGCAGGUCAAUAUGGGACAGAAGCCAUGCUACACAACAUGCUGGCUUUUCCGUGUAGCGAAGGUUAUUACAGCUCCAAGGAUUCUUCCUGGACAACAACAAGUGGUUGUCCGGACUUUACCAAACUGUGGAGUCCAGGAGCCAAGGAGGAGUGUGCUACAUUUCUCAACAACAUUGUUUUGAAGGUUGACUCUGCGUUACCAAGUGGUACAGCUGCUGCCUUGCAAUGGUGGACUGCCACCAACUCAGUACAUUCAGUAGAGGGUGGUGGCGGCAGAUGGCGACCCAACUUGGUCUUGAUAAGCGCUAGCUCUGAUAACCCCACCAACCCCAAAGCCCUUUUGCCAGCAAAUUGGAGGAGUGUCCAUGCAUUAGCUGAACUCACGGACAGGGAGAAGAACUCGGUCCCCCUCCAUGAGCAGCUUUUUCAGCUAAUGGGGUGGGCUUCAUUCCUCAGAGCUGCAAAAGAUUGCCUGCUCCAUAUCUUGGGCUUUGCUUUACGUGGAGCAUCAUUUACUCUUCUAUGCAUAGAUCAAGGCAUCAAUAUCAUUGUCAAAGACAUCUGGCAUGAUGUUUGCCGACUACUCACGGAGGGUACAAUUGUGCACUUACUUGAGGCCAAAGGCGUUAAAGGCAUACCUAGGUUUAUUAGUGAGGAGAAGGUCCAAGCUUCAAGGCAGUGGAGUGAGGGAAUAGAUGGUCAGCCGCCCCCGCAGCACAAUUGUACAUGCAACAUCUGCAAUUCUCUCAAUACCAUUGAGAUCAAAGUCAAGGAGAGGAACGCAGCUCUGGCGGAUCCCUCUGGUGCUCUUAUCAUGGACUUCAACUGUUUGGAGGAGCUUCCAGUCAUUACAAUUGAUCAUAUCACAAAAUCAGAGGACAUAUUUGAUGAGGCGUCUUCCGAAGCUUCUGAAGAGUCGAAUCCUACAUACCACGACUGCCAAGCCAAGAUAUUGGACGCCAUGUUGAAAAAGGUGGUGCAGCAACAAGACAUAAUUCAACAGGCCCAGACCUCCUUUUCCAGCACCUCAAUACGCAGCCAUAAUGUUCUAGGAUGGGAAAUAGAGGUUGCAUUAGGUACUGCUCAUGAGACCUUUGAGGGCUUGGCAGGCCAGGGGUGGGCAGGUACAGAGCCAUUCAUGGCUGUAGAAAUACAGAACACUCAACCUGGAGAGCCCAUCCAGCAUGCAGCUCACCAUGAUCUCGAGUCAUUCUAUUAUAUUAUUCUAGCUAUAUGUGCGUUACUGGAGCAGCCCUACCAAUUUAAGGUAGCAACAUUCAUGGAGCAAGAGGUCAUCAGGAAAUGGCUCAACCCUGAAUUGGACAACAAGUUUACUCGUGUUGAUGUGGACCAUCAUAAAUUUACAAUGUUUAGCAAGGCCGAUAACCUCCGUAGUUUUCUCAACGGACAUAUUUCACACUAUUUUGUGUUUAUCGUCCUCUACCUUGAACGACUGUGCAGCACAAUUUUUGGUUCAGCAAUAUUUGUUCCUGAAAGAUUUGUCAAACUUGGCCCUGCCCCCUUCUUUGUGUUGACUCCUACCACCCAUACCUCAGUUUUGCAAAUCCUCCUUGACACAUUAUGUGCUAUACAAGGUAGCAAGAAGAUGUGGAGAAAAUUGAGACAGCCAUUUGCAAGGCCAAAAGGGUUUGUACCUCACUUGGAUCUCUGGUGCUCGAGUGAUGAUAAAUUCAAGUUCCUUGCUCCCCCACUUGUGAUGUCGCAUGCUGCAGGGGCCACCUGCAAGCUUAGUUACAUGUCCAAUGUGUACAGUUACUCGCAGAAGACUGAGCGCUAUAUAUAA